AGCGAUUAAAGAUGGCAUUAGCCUGAAAUCCUAGGAUAUAUAUGAGACUGAAACGAACAGGUAAACCACUGAUACGUGACGACGAUUGACAGAAAUGAUUUUAAACGGUUCAUGCCACUGUAAACUCGUUACUUACACUGUUGAAUCACAAACCGCCGUACCGUUUAUGCGUUGCUUCUGUUCGAUAUGCAGAAAAACAGGCGGCUCUGGCGGUUACGGCAUUAACCUUGGAGCAAACAAUGAUACUUUAGAGGUAAAGGGAAUAGAGCACACUUCUGUUUACCACGCAAUUUUUAAACAUGGAAUAGGAAACAAAGAAGUUAGAAGUAGUGCUGAAAGGAGAUUCUGCAAACAUUGUGGAUCGGCCCUAUGGCUGUUCAGUCCCGAGUACCCACACCUUGUUCAUCCAUAUGCAUCCUCUGUUGACACGGAAUUGCCCGUUCCACCCUCACAUGUAAAUAUCAUGCUUGACAGUGCUCCAGCCUGGGCAAAAAAAAUUGAGAUGAACGGCCCUUCUUACGAAGAGUACCCUCCCAUGAGUCUUCUUCAGUGGCACGAGGAGCACGAGUCCCUAACAUAAGAGUAGUUUCAGUUAGCACCUAAGGCGGCUUUUAAGUUUUCAACAUUAGAAUAAUCAAAGUCGUCUCGAGUAGCUUGUUUGCUCAGAUUUUCAUACUGGGCCAUUUCUUUUGAAAUGUCACUGUGUUGCUUUUUGAUUAGUUCUAGUGAAUCGUGUCCCAAUAUAAAUUUCGCAGGAGGUUUGGAUUGAUUAACAAGCCGUAAAAGGAGGCAUGCUGCUUUGUACGGAUCGGUUUCUUCGGAACCGUGAUAGGUCUUCCAAAAUUCCCGCCAUUGGCCUCCUGGUGUAGAUUUGGUGUAGGCAGGAUGUGCCUUAGACCAGCUCAUGUUUUUGUUCGCCCAUUCUGUUUGCAUUCCACCAGGUUCAACAACGGUAAUGAAUAUGUUCCACGACGGAUCAAGUUCGCGCAUCACGGUUUGACUGAACCCCUCGAGCGCAAAUUUGCUAGCGUUGUAUAAGCUCAAUGCCGGUGAAGGAUAGUAACCCGCUACACUUGAUAUCUGGAGAAUUCGUCCGAACCCUUUGGGGCGCAUAAUCUCUAAAGCUUUUUUAGUCACAUUGACACUCCCCCAAAAAUUAACAUCCAUCUGUUUAUGCAUUUCUUCUUGUGUAUAUGACUCAAAUUCGCCAACAAGACCGUAGCCAGCGUUGUUAACGACAAUGUCGACGGAGCCGAAAACCUUAAUGGCCUCUUGAAAAGCUGAUUCGACACUCUUGGUAUUGGUGACAUCGACCUUCAGUUUGAGUAAAUUCGAAGCAUUCCCGUUUACAUUAACCGACUCUGGGGUUCUUGAGCAAGCGAUGACUUUGUAGCCUUUUUCUACGCCAACUUUAACCAGUGCUAGUCCAAGACCAGUAGAACAUCCGGUGACAAACAAAACCAGCGCUGUGGAUGCAACAGGCAUAUUCCUUAAAUGAUUUGGAGUCUGUGAGAAGACAUUGCGGUUAUAUAGGAUUCGGAGCCGCUAUACUUCUAGACAUUCGUUUCCCAUGGUCAAUCCGGUAACCUGGAACCAGCAACAAGUUUUCUUCACAGGAUGGCAGACAUCCGGACGAAUUUACGUAUUGAAUUUUGCAUUUGUCCAAUUAUACUGUCUAUAUGGUGCUUGGUGGGUACCGGAAUUGCCGUGCAGCUCUGUGGCAAUGACCUAAUGGAUCAUGAAAAGCCGUUCGAACGGAUUCCAAAUUCCGUUACUUAUAACAUGUUUGGAAUUUAAAUUACAGUAACGUUUUUAAAGCCGGGGCAAAAACUCUAAACAGAAUUAUCUACGCUUAUCGAUUUUAAGGGCUGAUGAUAUUAAGGGAUAUUGACAGAUCCACUGCGAAUUUUUAAGAUACUUCGUUAGGCAACUUCAGACAACACUCAAAAGGAACCUGCCGUUGCAAUUGAUACCUGAAACAACUCUUCAUCAUUCUUUUUUUGAAAUAAGCACAUUUCCCUUACCGGUGAUUUAAUUGACCAAA